AUGUUUAAAAAUACAUAUCAAAGUGGGUUAUUAUCAAUAUUCUACAGUUGCGGUUCAAAUCCACUAGCAAUAUGGGACAUGGAAGUAAAGAAUGGUCAUAUAAAACGCCUAACAGAUAAUGAAGUAAACUCUAUAGUCCUAGAAAUAGUGAGUACAAAUGUUGCGACAACUUUUAUUACGUGUCCAAAGAGGAAUCAAGUGUUAGGCAUCAAACUUCCCUUUCUUGUGAUGAUAGUCAAGAACCUUAAAAGAUAUUUUUCAUUUGAAAUAACCAUUAUAGAUGAUAAAAACAUGCGGAGACGAUUUAGAAUUUCAAAUUUUCAGUCAACGACAAAAAUUAAACCUUUCUGUACAAGCAUGCCGAUAGGAUUAUCUGGUGGAUGGAACCAAAUACAGUUUAAUUUAGCCGAUUUUACAAGACGUGCUUAUGGUACACAGUUCAUAGAAGCGCUCCGUGUGCAGGUGCAUGCUAAUGCUCGUUUACGACGAAUAUAUUUUAGCGAACGACUUUAUACUGAAGAAGAAUUGCCCCAGGACUAUAAACUAUAUUUACCACUGGAGAAAAAGUCAAAGAAAGCUAAACAGGAAAAGAAGGAAGAACAAACGGCGACAAAGAUUCCUUCUCAGCCUCCUGUUAAAGAAGCUCCUGUGGCAGUUGUAGCUGAGCCACCAGUGGAAAGUAAAGUUAGUGCAGCUACUAUUACACCUUUGGAUGCUAGACCCGGUGAAGAGAAAGACGUAGCAGUACAUUCUGAAUCUGUUGAAGAUAUUACGCCUGAAACAGUAGUGGUAGAAGUAUCGUCAAAAGAAGGCGAAGAAACUGUGUUAACAAACGAACCAACUGAUGAACAAAUAACAAAAAUAGAACCAGUUGAGGAUAUUCCUGUAGAAGAAUGA